GCCCUGGGGGGGUGGGUUGCAGGCAUCAGACAGUGGAUUCAGUAAAUCCUCCCACCUCCCCUCUCCCAUCAAGCCAGACAGCACGUCCCAAUGGCCAGGUCCAGCAGCUACUGAGAGUCACCAGGGGCUGGGAGCCACAGCGGUUUCAAUGGACUGGCUUUUCCUCAUCCCAGCUCAAACAGCAAGCAGCCGUGCCCCGAGCUCAUGAUCUAUUUGAAGAUGUCCGGAGUUGGACCUUUAUUUACCAAAGAAAUUCCAGGCGACGGGCUACAGCCGCCCAUCUUUCAGUUGACCCGGGUGAACAGAAGGAGGAGCAGGUUAAAACGUUCCGACGGAAGCACAUCGUCCGAAACAACUUCCACCAGUUUCAUUCUCCGACAGGGUUCAGCAGAUUCUUGCACUAGCAGACCGUCGGACUCUGAUGUUUCCCUGGAGGAGGAUCGUGAUGGGGUUCGACGUGAAUCAGAACAACAAGCAGCAGUACAACUUGAAAGAGCCAAAACCAAACCAGUCGCAUUUGCUGUAAGAACAAAUGUCACUUACUGUGGCGCUCUGGAUGAAGAUGUACCAGUCCCAGGAACUGCCAUCUCUUUUGAUGCCAAAGACUUUCUACAUAUUAAAGAAAAAUACAACAAUGACUGGUGGAUAGGGCGACUAGUGAAAGAAGGCUGUGAAAUUGGAUUCAUCCCAAGCCCCCUCAAGCUCGAGAACAUUCGAAUACAGAGGGAGCAGAAAUCUCGACAGGGACGUUUUUACAGUGGGAAGUCCAGUGGGAACUCUUCUUCCAGCCUCGGUGAUAUGGUGUCUGGUACGUGGCGUUCUCCCUCCCCUUCUUCAGCAAAACAGAAGCAAAAAGUGACUGAGCACAUUCCGCCUUAUGAUGUGGUACCGUCCAUGAGACCUGUUGUGUUGGUGGGCCCAUCGUUGAAAGGUUAUGAGGUUACAGAUAUGAUGCAGAAAGCUCUCUUUGACUUCCUGAAACAUCGGUUUGAUGGAAGGAUAUCAAUUACACGGGUGACAGCUGACAUAUCCUUGGCCAAGCGUUCGGUCCUAACUAAUCCCAGUAAGAGGACAAUAAUGGAACGUUCCAACACUCGGUCCAGUAUAGCUGAAGUACAGAGUGAAAUUGAAAGAAUCUUUGAAUUGGCCAGAACUUUACAGUUGGUCGUUUUAGAUGCGGACACCAUUAAUCAUCCUGCCCAGCUCAUCAAGACUUCCCUAGCACCAAUCAUUGUUCAUGUCAAAGUUUCUUCUCCAAAGGUGCUGCAGAGGUUGAUAAAGUCCAGGGGAAAGUCGCAGAGUAAAAACCUCAAUGUCCAGUUGGUAGCAGCCGAUAAACUGGCCCAAUGCCCUCCAGAAAUGUUUGAUGUUAUCCUGGAUGAAAAUCAAUUGGAGGAUGCAUGUGAGCAUUUGGCAGAAUACCUUGAAACAUAUUGGCGUGCGACACAUACUCCCAGCAGCGCACCACUGAAUCCAUUGCUGGGCCGAAACCUAGGUAGUACCGCACUGUCAACAUAUCCUUCAGCUAUCUCUGGGUUGCAGGGCCAGCGGAUGAGCAACAGCAAUCACUCUGGUGAACACUUACCUGAACGAACACGCCUGGUGCACUCUGAUGAAAAUGGUCACAAUGAGAGGGCACGCAAGAACCGUAACCGCUUGUCUUCAGGUUCCCAGCACAGCCGAGGCCAAUACCCACUCGUGGAGGAGGAAUAUUCUGAUCCCUAUCAGGACACGUACAAAUCAAGAAGGAGUCAUGGAUCACCUGGAGGCCACAGCCACGAUUCUCAGCACAGGCUAUGAAAACUGUUGCUAUUCACUUACAAGAUGCAACAUAGAGGAAAUUUUUUUUUAAGAAAAGUAAACCCCUGCCUUGCAACAUGUAACUCGUAAACAGGGAAGUAUCUAGGCAGUAUUUACCAAUUUAUUAUUGAAACAACUCCGUAUGGUUUUCAGAAACUCUCUUUUUUUUAUUUUACAUCUGGCUUGCUCAUAAGGAAGGCACGCUGGUGAAGUGUUUUCACAAACACCUUCCUAGAUUUGGAAAUAUGAAAAAUGUGCGGUAGUCUGAUCUGUGUUACCGUGAGUUAUGGUCACUGUGCCACUGAUCACACCUGCAAAUAUAUAUUUUUAACACAUAAAAUGACCAUAUAUUAACACAGUCACUUGCUCUGUUGCAAUGCCAACUUAGAUCUACAGUCAGUGAGACCUUGAGUCCAGGUAGGUUCCUAGCACUUAACCUGCUAAACACUUCCCAAUGCAGUGACAAAGCUCCUUUAAUGCAUAAUACUCUUCACCCGAUUUCUUGUUAGCAAUUAAUGGUAAUGCAGUACAACCAUGCACUACCAUUGUUUCAACAAAUUUUGCUUCAGUGUACGAUUCCAGAAUUUACACAGCUCUCCAUUAAAUGUGCAGCACAUUUACUUGCAUGAGACAAGCAACAAGUAACUAAUCACAGAUUUACAGGCACAAUAUUAUUUAAACUUAACAAAUUUAGCUUUAAUGCAUUUGCUAUUGUGUAUGGUUUUUUGAAAGGUAUUAUUUAUAAAGAAUGAAUUCAGGCUGUACAUUAUCUUGCCAAUAUUAAUUCCUAUAUUUUUCAUGUGUAGAGAAUUCAAUGUUAUUAGUUAGCAGAAGCAUUUGUCCACCAAAUUCUAGUAAAGUCACAGUCUGUUACCAGGACACCUUGUAUAAUGGUGUCCACUUAUUUAUUCCUUAAUUUUUUAAGAGAAUACAAGCUUAGACAAUAACAUGACAAUAAACCAUCAAAAUAGUUUGAGUGACAGAAUUCAAUUUAACACUAGGUAAGGUCUUUUGGAAAUACUUUGGAACAGUAAUAGAGCAACUGACAGAUUUUAUUGCAGGAUUCAAAAUUGCCAUUACUCUGGUUUAUUAACCUCUAGGAAUAUUUUAGCUUUAAAUUAUUUCAGGUUGUGCAGAAGCUUUGAUUUUUGUUAUCCUGGCUAAUUAAUAGUAAACUGUAUAUACAAUGACCAUUGUCACACUUUGCCAAGCAAACAUUAUAUGAUUUGUCAUUUGAUUUAUUCUCUCUUUGAUUAUUUUAUGUGAUUGUACUCGGUUGUGUUUUAGGGAGUCUGGAAUCUCUUCUUUACAUUUGAAUGUAUAUGGUAUCAAAACAAGGAGGAAGUUAACUCCCUCCCAGUGCAUGAGUUACACAAGCAUGACCAGCUAGAAGUGGGAUAGAGGGCAGGGAGAGUAUUGAGUGUAGGGAGGGAAAAGGGAAGAAAACAUCAUGAAUAAGUUUAUUUGACAAUAUGCGUUUGGUUUGUGGUACAGCUGAGGCAAAUACACAGUUUCAGGAUGUCCCAAAAAGUUUUGCAGUCAACUAAGUACAUUUUUGUCUUCUGGGUCAUUAUUGUUGCAGCAUAUAAAAUGCACCAGCUAAAUUGCACGCUGCAAGCCCCAGCCAAGUAAUGUGUGACAAUUGUCUUAAUGUCAGACUUGAUGGGAAAAUAUCAGCCAAGGCACUGGGGAAAAUUUCCCUGUUCUCUCUUUGAAAUAAUGCCUUGGGAACAUGCACAGAGGUUUAGCAUAUUACCCAUGCAACACUGCAGUAGAAUGUCAGUGUAGAUUUUGUGAUCACAACUCUGCAAGGGACUUCAUCUACAGUUUUCUUGAGUCAGAGGUGAGAGUGCUGAUAUUACAUAAUCAACCUCUUCAGAGAUGUUAUAACAUGCCUCCAGAAAAUGUGGGAUUUUAACUCAGGCCUCUUGGCUCAUAGGAAGGGACACUACUGCUUUUCCAUUAGGGCCCUAGAGGUGAGAGUUCUGUCAGCUGAAUAUAAUUGUUGGCAGAUGCUGAGGGAGGGGAUAGGGUGGUGAGUGAGUGGAGCUAUAAACCAACACAUCAGUUGGUGUUUAGUUUUCUAGCACCCACUGAUCUUGUUUAUGGGACAAGUGGUGGUCAGUGCUUCUGAGAAAGCAGCACCUUUUCAUAUUCUUUCCAUAAUCUGGAUUGCAACAUGAGUAUAGGCUUAAGUAAAGACAAAAGAGGCAAUUCUAUUACAAUCUGUUUUUAAAAAGAAAUCCAAACUUUCAGAAAAGAAUGCCAUGAGAAGUAUUUAAAACUUUUGCUGUAACAAAUGGGCGGCACGGUGGCACAGUGGUUAGCACUGCUGCCUCACAGCGCCAGAGA